GACGCGCGCUCUGUCCAACUUUUUUACCCUGCAGCGGGAGCUUUCACGGAGGCAUUUGAAACUCGUGAUUUUUAGAAGACCUGGCUUUAUUACCGGUUCGGCACCGGUAACCCCACACUUUCGCCCCCAAGCAUCUGAUAGCCUUGAGGCGACCCGAGGGGACAAGCUUCUCUCUGCAACCCACCAUCUUCUACGAGUCAUGGCUUCCUCUAAAGUCGUCGCAAAUGCUCAAGAGAAGGUAGUGAAGACGCUUGCCCUAUUGAAAAAGAUGCUUUCCCAGCAGGGCAUGGAGGUGCUUGUGAGCUUCUUGGGCACUGCUUCGGGCACUGACAAGAUAUUUUCUUUGAUCGAAAGCUGGACAAAGCUGUUCAUCGCCUACCUGCGCCUGUCUAGGCCCUAUUACACAUACAGGACCGAGGCCGUCAUCACAAGCGGGAGCGAAGUCACGAGGCACAUAUACAACCUCUUCCUUAUAGGGUCGCGCGUAUCUCCGUUGGCGGACAAGCUGUCCAACCUGACAAAUGCGAUCGGCGACUCACGCAUGCUUUUCCGGUUUGCGGCCCUCCCCGGUCAGUACACGACAGUGCUUAGCUUGAUCAAGGCACGGUCCCACCCCCUGAUCCCGACACUGCAGUCUCUCUCUCUCCUGGGAUACUACACGCUCGAACAUGCCUACUACUUGGCCGCGCACAGGGUUGUGCGCGUGAGUGAACGCACCAAGGACGUGCUGGGGCUCUGGUCUAUGCGCUCGUUUAGCGUUUGGGUCGUCCUCCAGAUCGUUAACCUAUUUAGGGAGGCUAAACAGUUGGACAAGGAGGCGGCUACCAUGACAGAAGAAGAGAAGAACUCCGAGCGUGGAACUGAAUUGCGGAUGAGGGGCAAACGCUGGAGGGAUGACUACAUGUUGCAAAUGUACUACCUUCCUAUGUGUAUUCAUUGGUCUACCCCAGGCGGUAUCUUCCAUCCAAUGUUUUCCGCAGUCCUCAACGUCCUUAUCUCGAACGCAGAAUUCCGUCAGGCUUGGAGCAAGACGCUCAGUCCGAUCAGGAAUUGAGUCUGCUGGGCCAAUGCGCUUGGUAGGCUUGGGAACGUUUUUUCUUUUCUCCUUUUCCGAACCUUGGGACGAGCGUUUCGCACGCCGGAAAAGCAAGGCAGAUCCCGAGAUACGAGAGAUACGGAUACGCCCUCUGCUGUCGAUCUGCCCAGUCAAUGGUACUUGUGUCGCUCAAUGAUACUAUGGUAAUAAACAAUCGCGCAAUUGAUUUCCCCAAGGGGCCGUGGGCGAAUACGGAAGUCUCUCGGCGUGUCGAGAACUUC